UCUGAUUAGAUAUACUUAUAGAUAAAUUUAUCAAAAUUAUAUUAUCUUAUCUGUUUCUAAUAAAUAUAGGCGAUUUUCAGAUAUUUUCGAUCAAAUGACGAAAUACUUUUUGUUACGACGGUCUAUUGUUUCUAACUUACGAAGUUAUUUGAUAUUACUCUGUUAUUGUGAUGUAUUUUAAUUAAAAUGGCGAGAAGUAAUCGUAGUUCUGCUUACGAAGAAGAAAUAGAGGUACAUCCUUCAACCGAACUUAUACCGGAUGAAUAUGAACAUUUCGGAAAUCAACCAAAAUUCUUAGUUCACACAUUUUUCAAAGACACUGAAGCAGACAAAGAUAAUGAAAAAGAUUUUCUGAAAACUUUAUCUGAAAUAGGAAUUACAUGCAAAGAUGAGGAUAGGCACAACCUUGAUCAAGAGAAGAUAUUCGAAAUUUUAAACAGAAUUAAGGAAAAUUGCAGCGAUGAUACUACUGGUUUAAUUAUGUACUUUUCUGGAAUGGUUAAACAACAUCAAGGGAUUUUGCACACUAAGUUACCAUCUAAUGACAUAAGCAUUCAAAAGAUUUGGCUGGAGUUUAAUUCCUUUAACUGUUUUAAGUUAAAAAAUAAACCAAAAAUAUUUAUAUAUGAUUUAAAAGUUUAUGCACCACCCACACAACGCGACGCUCGGAGGUUUUCAGUCCAGUCAUUAACUAUCUCAGCGUACGAUACUCCUUCUGAAGCGGACAUCUUAGUAAUUUGCAACAAAGAUACCGAAGAAGAUGACAGUCAGUUUACAUUACAGUUUUGUAAUAACAUUAAAUCGGAUGGAGAUAAGGAAAACAUCAUUACACUUGCCAGUUGUGUCGGUUCAUUAACGUCUCCAAUAAUCAUUUCUACUCUUACCAGACACUUUUAUUUCACACCUAGUGAAUUACGAGGUCACCACUUGGUGAUCCAUAAAGAUCAGCAACAAUUAAAAGAGCAUGUAGAAGAUAUACACAAUCUUAUGAAAAAUAACAAGUUGGUAGAACACAAAAAGAAACAUGGGAUACUUGAUAGUUUUAGAGAAGUAUUUAGGAAAUCUGACGCCAAUAAGUCUACUUCGCCAUCUACUAGCGCUACGGUCAGUGAUGGACCCCCAUCUGAAAGCAAUAAGCCGCCCAGUUCUCAGCAAAAACGGCCAAGUGGUCCUUCUUCUACAAGGAGUAGAAAAAUGUCACAAAGUGAACCUGAAGGUAGCCGAUCUAGUACAAAAAGACCACCUUGGAGAUGAUUGAUUAAACUAAUUAUUUAAGUACCUAUACAAUUUUUUGUUAUGUAUCCCUAUUUAUCUAUUUAAUAUAUCAUUAAAUAAAAUACUUUUACUUAUA